GAAGUAGAUUAGCUGACAUUCCCACGUGGUAAGAAAUGGCUGCAAAUGAGGAAAAGCAGCAGGGCCACAGAGCCGGCGUAUACAAGCAAAAAAAUAAAGAACACAAACAUGGUAAACACCGGACGAAAGGUGAAAUUGAAAGAGAAAAUAAAGGGAGGGUGUCGGUGAUGUCUCUUACCAAAAAACAGAGUAAGGAACAAAAGAAGAUGGACCGGAGACACAAAGCUAGCCAGCUACGCAAAAAUAAGAAAGACAUGGUUCUGAUGGAAAAGCGGCGUCUGGGCACCAGGGACGGUCCUCCACAUUUGGUGGCUGUGGUGUCCCUCCAUGCUGGAGCUGAUGCAGCAGCUGUUAUCAAACUGCUGUGUGGAGAAGGUGCUGGGGGCCUUGUGCGUCAAGAGCAAUGCGUCAGUGGUGUCGGCGACAGUUUUGGGCUGAUUCUGCCUCGCUUCAAACAGAGAUUCACACUUCUAACCCAGAGCACUGCUGACAUGCACUCCCUUCUGGAUGUGGCAAAGGUUGCUGAUAGUCUGGUGUUUGUGUUGGACCCAGCUGAAGGUUGGGACAGCUAUGGAGACUAUUGUCUCUCCUGUCUCUUUGCUCAGGGUCUCCCCAGCCAUGCUCUGGUGUGUCAGGGUGUGUGUGACAUCCCUGUGAAGAAGAGGGUUGAAUCCAGAAAGACUUUGUCAAAGAUCACCGAAGUUCGCUUCCCCGAUGCCCGACUCUUCCCUCUGGACACUGACCAGGAUGCGACUCUUCUUCUUAGACACCUGGGCUGUCAGAAGCAGAGGAAGUUGGGUUUCCGUACCAGACGGCCCCAUCUUUUAGCACAACAAGUCACUUUCACACCCAACUGCCCUGCUGAAGGUGCAAGAAGUGGGCCUACUGGACUGGGUACCCUCCGUGUCUCUGGGUACGUCCGUGGUCGUGCUCUGCGGGUUGAUAGACUCGUGCAUAUCAGUGGACAUGGAGACUUUCAGCUCAGUCAGAUUGAUGCUCCAUCAGACCCACUUCCUCUCAUCUUCACAACAACCAGACCUGUAAAACCAAGCAAAGGAGGGGACUUUGAGAUGCAGGAUGGGGGUGAAAAUGAGGCGCCGGUCCGUGUGCUCAUGAAGGCCGACCCGUCCUGUCAGGAGAGUCUGCAGACAGAGGCUGAGGUGGACCCUAUGGAUGGAGAGCAAACGUGGCCGACAGAAUCAGAACUGAUGGAAGCUGAAGAGGCCAGAAAGAGCAAGCGGGUGAUGAAGGUCCCCAAGGGAACAUCAGACUACCAGGCCACGUGGAUCGUUGAUGAAGACGAGGAGGAGAAUGAUGACCUGGAUGAAGAAAGCAGUGAUGAUGAUGAUGAUCUAUUGGAUGAAGCUAUGGAUGGAGAUGAGGAGGAGAAUAAUUCUCAGGAGCCUGCUUCAUGCUGUGCUUCAGAAGAAGAAGAAGAAGAAGAAGAAGAAGAAGAGGUGUGCUCCACAGAGCGAGCUGGAGCAGAUCAGCGAUACGAUGAACACAUGGAUGAAGCAGCAGAGGAAGAAGGGCUGAAACGCUACCGGGAGGCUCGCUCCCAUGAGAUGUUCCCCGAUGAGGUGGACACGCCCAUUGAUUCUCCGGCUAGAAUCAGGUUUCAGCGCUACAGGGGCCUGAAAAGUUUCCGCUCCUCGCCUUGGGACCCCAUGGAGAACUUGCCUCUUGACUACUCGCGAAUUUUCCAGUUCCAGAGUUUUGAAAGGACUCGCCGGCGCGUACUGGCAGAGGCUGCAGCUGAAGAAGAGGGGGCAAUGGUCGGCUGGUACGUUACGCUGCACAUCGUCGACGUGCCUUCCUCCGUGAUGGAGAGCGUCCAAUCUGGCAAGCCUCUGGUGUUGGUGUCUCUGCUGCCUCACGAGCAGAAGAUGUCGGUGAUGCACGUCCUGGUGCACAGACACCCCAGCAACACAGAGCCAAUCAAAUCCAAGGAGGAACUGGUCUUCCACUGUGGAUAUCGGCGAUUCCGGGCCUCGCCUAUAUUCUCUCAGCACACGUCAGCUGACAAGCAUAAGAUGGAGCGUUUCCUCCGCCCAGAUGCCCCCACUGUGGUGUCGGUUUAUGCCCCCAUCACCUUCCCCCCUGCAGGAGUGCUGCUCUUCAAGCAAAGAGAUGACGGUGUUCAGGACCUGGUGGCCACAGGCAGCCUGCUCAGCUGCGACCCACGACGAGUCGUCCUGAAAAGGAUCGUGCUGAGUGGACACCCGUUCAAAAUCAACAGGCGUUCGGCCGUUGUCCGUUACAUGUUCUUUAACAGAGAGGACAUCAUGUGGUUCAAACCAGUGGAGCUGCGGACAAAAUGGGGUCGGAGAGGCCACAUCAAGGAGGCUUUAGGAACACACGGUCACAUGAAGUGUGUCUUUGAUAACCAGCUGCGCUCGCAAGACACAGUCCUGAUGAAUUUGUACAAGAGAGCGUAUCCUCACUGGACAUACGACCCCUACGUCCCCUCAACGUUACCUUGGUUCAAGAGAGAUACCAUGCUUGAUUUGGAUGAAUUGGACAUGGAAUAGUGAGAGGACUGCUCAGCAAUGCAAGACGUGAAUUCAAGUUAGCAGCAACACGCAUUGUGUUCAAUAAAUAUAUGUAAUAAUAAAAAAUGUCAUUACUUCA